CAACGUAAAUCUUUAUCUUGAACUUUCGACAUUAAUGUCGAUUCCCAGUCUUCUGAAAACAGCUCUAUUAUUUGAGCCCUGUUGUCCUUUUUAAAGUAUUGGUUAUUUAUUAAUAGUUAAACCAACCUGCAAUCAGCUGCUCGGUUGCAGAAGUCCCGCGGGGGUCCCGCCAGCCAUCCUUAAUUGGUGGAAUAUUUAGAAAAAUUUCAAUAUUGUUUAUUACUUCUGUCCCGGGUACCCUGUGAUUAUCUAUUUACGAUUCAGUGGUACUUCGAUAAGAAGCCACAAAAGCGAAAUUAAAACAAGAAUGCAUUGUGCCGAAGAUCGGAUAUCUUUAUAACUAUAGUGUAUUAGUGUUCAAUCAGCGUUUAGAGUAAUUAAAGCAAUUUAACUCUACCAUGCAUAAAUGAACACAGCAUAAAAUAACACGUUCGUGUCAUUCAAAUUUUAUUGUGCCCUCAAGAGCAGGAACAAUGCGUUGCCAGCUGAUUAUCUCUGCGCUUCUCGGAUUAUUCCUAACAUUCCACAUCAAUAUAAACGAUGCCGUCGUCUUCAAGUUUACAAACUUCGUCUGCGAGAGUUACAACCAAUCAUGGUUCGUGUUCCACAACUAUCGUCUGAAGGCUGUCAGCCGAAACAAAGUGCUCCUCAAUAUGAAUGGGACGAUACUACAUCCGACCAACAAUAUGUCAAUUCAUGUCAGAAUUUUCAAAAAGGCCAACGGCUAUAAGCCUUGGCUCGUCGAUAUUUACUUUGAUUUCUGUCAGUAUUUCAGAAAGCGGAAUCAACCUGUUUUUAAUAUAAUCUAUGGGCUCUUCAAAGGGUUUAGUAACAUAAACCACUCAUGCCCCUACGUGGGUCCACAGAUUGUCGAGGACUUUUAUCUAAGACCUGAGCUACUGCGUAUUCCCAUGCCAACAGGGGAUUAUUUAUUGGCGCUUCAGUGGUACUUCGAUAAGAAGAUACAGUUUGAUACGAACGUUAGUUUUACAUUUGUGGAGGAUUUAAUGAAGAGCAAAUAGUGGGAAUCACCUGAAUACAGAUUCAGUAGAAUCCUGACGUUCCCUGAAAACAACAGUAGAAAAUGUACACAUCAUUUGAUCCUA